AUGUCCGUCCCCUUUUCCCAGGAGCUUUUGGAGGCUGUUGCAAGCAGCAUGAUAACUGCAAAGGAUAUGGAACUAUUGGUUCAGGAUCAAGCUUUCAUCGACGGCCGCUGGAUUAGAAAACAGCAAACUUUCAGUGUUCAAGAGCCGUCCACGGCACGGGUUCUUGGGACUGUAGCAGAUUGCGAUCUCAACGACGUACAAUCAGCUAUCAAGAGUGCUCAUGCGGCUCAGAAGAGUUAUUAUACUUCAACUACGGCUGCACAACGUGGAAGUCUGCUACGCAAAUGGCACGAUUUGGUUAUUAAAAAUGUUGAGGACCUUGCACGAAUUCUGUGUCUAGAGAAUGGAAAAACCAUUAGUGAGGCCAAGGGCGAAGUUCUCUAUGCUGCGAGUUUUAUUUCUUGGUUUGCAGAGGAAGCGACGCGUUGCUAUGGGGACACAAUCCCGUCAUCGACGCCCAACACCAUAGUGAUGACUUUGAAGGAGCCGGUUGGUGUCUGCGGUAUCAUUACGCCAUGGAACUUCCCAGCAGCCAUGAUCAGUCGCAAGGUCGCCCCAGCUCUGGCCGCUGGAUGUGCCGUAGUUAUCAAACCGCCGAGUGAGACGCCAUUUACUUGUCUCGCUCUCACAAAACUAGCUUUGAGGGCUGGCUUUGAGGGUAAGAUUAUCCAGGUCUGUCCUACCAAAAACAGGCAAGUAGCUUCAGAGCUCGCGAUAAAUCCCCUCGUUCGCAAAAUCAGUUUUACCGGAUCUACCAAUAUCGGCAAAAAUCUGGCCAAUCUGGCAUCUGGGACUCUUAAAAAGGUCAGCCUCGAACUUGGCGGCAAUGCUCCCUUCAUUGUCUUUGACGAUGCCGAUGUCGAUCUCGCUGUUGAAGGGGCCAUGAUGUCCAAGUUCCGGUGCUCGGGUCAGACGUGCGUGUGUGCCAACCGCCUCUAUGUCCAAAGAGGCAUUUUGAACGAGUUCACUCGGAGACUAGUACAAAAGGUCUCAGAACUUCGUCUGGGGCCGGGGAUCGAAGAUUCCUGCACCCAAGGCCCGCUAAUCAACGCGUCGGCCGUCGACAAGGUAAAGAGUCAUAUCGAAGACGCGGUCUCAAAGGGUGCAUUUGUCGAAAUUGGAGGCUCGGCACUCGAUUUUCCCGGAUUCUUCAUGCAGCCUACAGUUCUCUCGGGUGCAACUACGGAUAUGGUAGUUGCUCGAGAUGAGACAUUUGGGCCCUUAGCUCCGAUCUUCUCAUUUGAUACCGAAGAUGAAAUCCUCAAACUGGCUAACGAUACCGAAGUUGGUCUUGCUGGAUAUUUGUUUUCCCGCAGCGUGGGGCGUGUAAUGCGUGUGGCACGAGAGCUUGAACUCGGCAUGUGUGGUGUCAAUACGGGAAAGAUAAGUGCAGCUGAAUCACCAUUUGGGGGCAUUAAGGAGAGCGGCUAUGGUCUAGAAGGAAGCAAAUAUGGUAUGGCUGAGUACCAGUCUAUCAAGACAGUUACUCUGGGAAAUGUUCACUUGUAA